AUGGCUACGUCAACUGUCACGCUAUACAACAUUCUCGGAGUGGCUAAAGCGAGUGACGAUGUGCAAUUGCGUAUCACAUAUCGUGAACGAAUUCAUCAAUUCAAAGCCGAUCGACAGAAAACACCUGGAAAUCGUACGAUUACAGCCGAACAAUUUCGACAAAUUUGUCGUGCUUAUGAAAGAUUAUCCGAUCAUGAUAAACGGAAACAAAUUAAUGCACAAGAUCCGGUAACAGGUCAUACACCACUGUAUUGUGCAGCAUGUACUUGCAAUGUUGAAGCUGUACACUAUCUGAUUGAACAAGGUGCCAAUCCUGAUUUAGUACAACAAGCCGGAAGUACGGCUUUACAUGUAGCUGCAUUCUAUGGAUAUCCAGAAAUGGUUCAAUGUCUAUUAGAAAGUGAAGCCGACUAUCAGUUAAAGAACUCUCUCGGCAACUUGGCCGAGCACGAGUCUUACAAUGAUGAGGUUCGAAAUGCUUUUUCUGCAUUGAAAAAGACACCAUUUGUACAAGCAGCUGCUAAUCAACUCGAUUGGUUCAAAAAUAAUGCGCACAAUAUUCAAGAACAUAUUGAUGUACAAUAUCAUGUUCAACGGCAGACACUACUUCAUUGCGCAUGUAAAAAAGGUCAUUUUGAUCUUGCUAAAUGGCUCAUCGAAGCACGUUCAGCUAAACUCGAUCUGGUUGAUAUUAAUUUAAAUUCGGCUCUGCAUCUUGCUGCAUAUGGUGGACAUACAUCAAUUGUACAAUAUCUUCUCUAUCGAGGUGCUAACUCAACUCUAAUCAAUAAAUUGGGUAUGACAGCUGAACAAGAAGGCAUAGUUCAUGGUACUCGAAUCACAGGGUGUGGGUUAAAACAAUGA